UACAUACAUUUUUAUUUGCCUAAACAGAUACUCAGAUGAACAAUAUAUCUAUCUUACUGAGUGAUGAUAAGAUAGUCAAAUUAUGUAGUAGUUGCUUCUUUCUUAAAAUUAUUUAAUUUUUAUUGUUUCCCUAAACUUGCCACGAGAUGAGUGCUUCCGAAGUAAUAAAAGUGAUUUGUGUAUUAAUUUCAAUCUUUCACAAUGGAUACUCCGCCAAUAUCUUAGGAUUGAUGGGUUGUACCUCGCACAGUCAUCACUUAUGGAAUGAAGUGAUUGUUAAUGCACUUGCUGAGAGAGGACACUCUCUUACCGUGGCCUCAGUCGAUGAAAAUAAUUCACCUCAUCCUAAUGUCACUUAUAUUCACCUGGAGGAAGCUUACAACACGGUAGCCGAUUAUUACAAAGAUUCAGAUGCUAAUUUCGAUACCUAUGGACCUUUUGCCAAUUUACGACUAUUGUAUAAUUUUAAAUUGCUGGAGUGUAAGGGAAUUUUCCAAUCGAAGGGUUUUGAAAAGGCAUCAAAUCUAGCUGAGGAAAAGUUUGAUUUGAUUUUGUUUGACAUAUCAGCUGGGCCAUGCAUAUUUAGACUGAUACAGAAGUAUCCAGAAAUUCCUGUGGUGGCUGUGAGUGCGUUCAAAAUGGAUCCGUAUAUUUUGGAGAUUGUCGGUGGACAUAGCUAUCCGGGUUAUGUGCCAUAUUUCUUGGAUCAUCAAGAUGUUCCGAUGAAUUUAUGGAAUCGUCUUACUAAUUCAGCAACUUAUGCAUUUGCAUAUUUUUACAGAAAAUACAUAACCGAAUCAGCUGUUGAAAGCUUAGCUCCGGAUGACCCAAAGCCAACUUUGCAGAGUCUCCAGAAGAGGGUGAAUAUGACUCUUAUAAAUACACAUCCAGCAAUGGACUAUGCCCAAUCACUACCACCCAACGUUAUCGAAGUCGGAGGUCUUCACAUCAAAGAACCACAAAAGCUUCCAGAAGAUAUCAAUGCAUUCAUAGAUUCUGGGAAUAGGGGUGCAAUUCUUAUAUCACUAGGUUCAAAUACUUUAGUGGAAACUAUUGGUCAGAAUCGAAUUGACGCUAUUUUAUUUGUCAUUCGAAGUAUGCCUCAGUAUAACUUUUUGUGGAAAAUUGAGAAGGAAGAUAUUUUUGAAGAUGCUCCAAAGAAUUUGUUGAUCCGCAAAUGGUUGCCUCAAAAUGAUAUUUUAGCAAAUUCAAGAGUUCAUGCGUUCUUCACCCAUGCUGGUGGCUUAAGUAUGCAAGAAGCCACAUGGCAUGGUGUUCCGGUGAUUGCAAUGCCUUUGUUUCUGGAUCAAUUUGUCAAUGCUCGUAAUGCCCAACUCAAAGGCUGCGGAUUGGAAGUAAAUUUUGAGACUCUCAACAACGAAACUCUUUUGCAAGCUUUUACAAAAAUUCUCAGUGAUCAGAAUUAUAAACUCCAAAUGCAGAAAUUACAAAAGAAAUUCCAAGAUCGUCAAAAUAAACCUUUGGAUACAGCCCUUUGGUGGAUAGAAUAUUUUCUAAGAAAUCCAAAUGCAGAACAUUUAACACCAUCUUCAAGAGAUAUUUCAUAUUUUGCAGCGAAUUCGUUUGAUAUUUUUAUAAUAUUUUUAAUUAUUUGCAUAGUUUUCAGUAUUGUUUUUGUUAAAAUUAUUCGGAUCUUUCUAAAAUGUUCGAAAAAGAUGUUUUCUAAAUUAAAAGACAAAAAUGUUCCUGAAGGUAAUACCUUGACUAAGAAAACUGUUUAAAGAAAAUUAUAUUAUAUUGAGGUUUUUUAAAAUAAGAAUAGAUCGAGACAUAAUUUUUGUAUUUUUUUAAAAGAUAAUAUUGGAAAUAUUCGAUUAUAAUAAAAUGCAAUAGUGGUUUUCACCCACUUGCGAAGAAAAAAUCGAAGUUUUCAUUGACUUAGAUGAAAAUUGGAUGU